UUCAUUUUGAUGAUACAACCGCGUGUGAACAAUUAAUUUUUUUGUAGAGACGUUGCCCUACCCCCUCUUUUCUCAAACAAAACGAGUCAUCUCUCUCUUUCUCUCUACAGCUUCUUUGCUUAUAUGCAGAGCAACAACUAUGGAUAUUUUAGCACUUGAUGAUAUAAUCCAUCGUUUGCUUGAAGUUCGUGGGAGACCUGGUAAACAAGUACAACUUUCUGAGGCAGAAAUCAGACAGCUAUGUCUCAAGUCGAGAGAAAUUUUCUUGAAGCAGCCGAAUCUUCUUGAGCUUGAUGCACCCAUCAAGAUCUGCGGGGAUAUCCAUGGUCAGUACUCAGAUCUACUGAGGCUGUUUGAAUAUGGUGGAUUACCUCCAAAAUCCAAUUACCUAUUCUUGGGUGAUUAUGUUGAUCGGGGGAAGCAAAGUCUGGAAACAAUAUGUCUUCUUCUUGCAUAUAAAAUAAAGUAUCCUGAAAACUUUUUCCUUCUGAGGGGAAACCAUGAAUGUGCGUCUGUGAAUCGUAUAUAUGGAUUCUAUGAUGAGUGCAAACGAAGGUUCAAUGUUCGACUGUGGAAAGUAUUUACAGACUCUUUUAACUGCCUCCCUGUGGCAGCUCUGAUUGAUGAAAAGAUUUUGUGUAUGCAUGGUGGACUCUCUCCUGAUCUUCAGCAUUUGGAUCAGAUAAGGAACCUUCAACGACCAACUGAUGUUCCAGAGAGCGGGUUACUCUGUGAUCUUCUCUGGUCUGAUCCUAGUAAAGAUGUUAAAGGGUGGGGAAUGAAUGACCGUGGAGUUUCUCACACCUUUGGCCCUGAUAAGGUGACAGAGUUUCUCCAGAAGCUAGAUCUUGAUCUUAUUUGUCGUGCCCACCAGGUUGUGGAAGAUGGAUACGAGUUUUUUGCUGAUAGACAACUUGUGACAAUUUUUUCAGCUCCUAAUUAUUGUGGCGAAUUUGAUAAUGCUGGUGCUAUGAUGAGUGUGGAUGAGACUCUGAUGUGUUCUUUUCAGAUAUUAAAGCCUGCAGAGAAGAAGCCUAAGUUUGGAUUUGGGAGCACUACUACGACCAAAAAUGCAACUCCAGCAAAAACUAAGGUCAUUUCUUGGUAAAAUUGGACGAGAUGAACCAAACUCAGUAUCGAUGUCAACUACCUCUCUUAGCUCCAACAUAUAACAGAUGGAGGCUCCGGUUUGGAGGCAUUGCAGAAGAGAAGAAGAUGCACCUUCCCAAGAUUCGUUCGGGAAAUUUGUAAUAAUUUUGAUUUUCCAUGUAUAAUAUAAUCCCAUCCAGUGAAGCAAGCUCUAUGAUUCACCUGCAAAUAGUUUUUCUAACCCUUUUGGUCUUCUAUUCGUAGAACUUUUUUUGGUGCAGUCUGAUACAGGAAACAAAUGUUUGAUAUCCUGGAUCUUGUGUUUUUUUUUCCAAAAUGUGUGAUGCUCUUUAUUCAUCUUAUUCUUCCUUUUUCAAUUUUUAAUGUUAAAUAUUCUAUUGUUGUUUGAAUGUUAAGAGGUAAAAAUGUGUAUUUUUGAGUCCCA